AUGCCGGAAUACUGUGUAACUGGGGGCACAGGGUUUAUAGCAGCUUAUCUGGUUAAGUCCCUUCUGGAAAGGGGUCACAGAGUAAGGACCACAGUAAGAGAUCCCGAAAAUGUAGAAAAAGUUGGCUUUCUAAGGGAGCUGAAUGGAGCCGAGGAUAGACUUAAGAUUAUGAAAGCUGACUUGCUGUUGGAGGGAAGCUUUGACGAAGCCGUAGAGGGAGUGGAUGGAGUGUUCCACACUGCUUCUCCAGUGCUCGUUCCCUACGAUAAUAAUGUCCAGGAAAAUCUGAUUGAUCCAUGCAUAAAGGGAACCGUGAAUGUGCUAAACUCCUGCAAGAAAGCAACCAAUUUGAAAAGGGUUGUACUAACUUCUUCCUGCUCUUCAAUAAGAUACCGAUAUGAUGUCCAACAAGUUUGCCCGCUUAAUGAAUCUCAUUGGAGUGAUCCAAAUUACUGUAAAGACUACAAUCUGUGGUAUGCUUAUGCAAAAACUAUAGCAGAACAAGAAGCUUGGAAAAUGGCAGAGAAAAGUGGGAUUGAUCUAGUGGUGGUGAACCCUUCAUUUGUUGUUGGUCCUCUGCUUGCACCUCAACCAACCAGUACACUUCUACUGAUAUUGGCUGUCAUUACAGGCCACAAAGGAGAAUAUCCAAAUACUACUGUAGGGUUUGUGCACAUAGACGAUGUUGUGUCUGCACAUAUUUUAGCGAUGGAGGAAAACAACGCAUCAGGAAGGCUCGUAUGCUCGAGCUCAGUGGCACAUUGGUCAGAGAUAAUUGAGAUGCUAAAAGCCAAGUAUCCAUCCUAUCCUUACGAAAACAAGUGCAGUAGCCAAGAAGGAGAUAACAAUCCACAUAGCAUGGACAGUAGCAAGAUUAUUAAGUUGGGGCUUCCUCCUUUGAGAACACUGGAUCAAAUGUUUGACGACUGCAUUAAGAGUUUCCAAGAGAAGGGGUUUCUUUAA